AUGAAGAAAUCUACCAAUGACUUGCAGGCCCGGUGCGGGCAGGAAAGAGCAGACUCAAAUGGCACGGAUUCCACAACACCCCCUGUUGAAGCAGAUAUGCAGCAUGACAUUCACAGCACUAGGUGUUCUUUUAUGAGGAAACAAACCGGCCAAGUCUAUCUUGACAGCAUUCAGGUCGGAUUGCCCACGCCUGACGCUCAGAUGGAUCCCCUGGAUGAUCAGGUGUCAGAACAGCCUGACGCUCAGAUGGGUCCCAUGGAUGAUCAGGUGUCGGAACAGCCUCAGAGUACCCAGGAAGAAUUAGAUAUGAAGCUGUUGUUGGAGGAAAACAAAAGACUGAAGAAACAAAGACACUGCUGUGUGUGUGAGAAGGAAGAACGUAAGAUAAUGUACCUACCCUGCACACAUUUGGCCUGCUGCGAAAUCUGUGAUCGGGCUCAGCUUAUAUGUCCCAUCUGUAAAGAAAAAAUCAAAGGAAGUAGAACAAUAUUUUGGUCAUAGAGUAUGAGGACUAAUUGAUUACCCGUUUAAUAUUGUAAAUUUGACGAGUACAGGAGAAUGUCGAUAUGUAUUACAGGAACUCACACGUGACCCAAUUAGAACAUUCCGGUGAAUCAUCAUACGAGUCCGUUGUAUUCAAAACAUUUAUAACACUGCUAUGUGUUACAGCAUAUAUGAAAUGAAGUUAUAGAACUUCAACUACCAAGCAAAGACUGUGAUUGACAUUGAUCAACAUUCCAAUUGUUUACUCUAUUGUAAGUUUUUAUUUAAAAAAAAAUAAUUGAA